AUGCCUCGAACUAGUCGUACAGGUCAAUUAAUCUUUGCCUCAGAGAUUGAAAGAACUGCACGUCGUUUGCGGAAAGAAGCUAAAGAGCGAAAGAGGGCCGAGAAAGAAGUUGAGUCACCGGGACUUAACUUAGCUAUCCAACUAGCGGAUACCUCUAGUUCUGAGGAGGGUGAAGAGCAUAAGGAAGUUGAAGAAGUUUUGAUAAAUCCAAUGGCACAAAGAACCUUGAGGGAGCUAGCUGCUCCCGACUUAAUUCAGCACCCUUUAUGUAUUACUUUUCCUGCUAUAGCCGAUAAUACGGCAUUUGAACUUAAAUCUGGACUAAUUCAUUUAUUGCCGUCUUUUCAUGGCUUGGCAGGGGAGGAAUCACACAAGCACUUGCAGGAAUUCGAUGUGGUAUGUACGAGUAUGAAACCUCCGGGAGUCACUGAGGAUCAAAUAAAGCUCCGGGCUUUUCCAUUCUCUUUGAAGGAUGCAGCUAAAGAUUGGUUGUUUAACUUGCCGGCCGGGAGUGUUAUCACAUGGAUGGAUAUGAAGCGCAAAUUUCUUGAGAAGUUCUUUCCCGCAUCCCGGGCUGCGAAUUUGCGAAAAGAGAUUUGUGGCAUCAAACAAGCAUCAGGGGAGUCCUUAUACGAGUAUUGGGAUAGAUUCAAUAAAUUAAUUGCUCGAUGUCCCCAACAUCAAAUUUCUGAGCAACUUUUAAUCCAAUAUUUCUAUGAAGGACUAACUUCUAUUGACAUGAGGAUCAUCGAUGCUGCCAGUGGAGGAGCUUUAAUGAAUAAGACUCCGAGAGAAGCUUGGGAAUUGUUGAAUGAUAUGGCCAUGAACUCUCAACAAUUUGGGCCGAGGGAUGUCGUGGGAGUGAAAGAAGCUGUUGAGGUAAGUUCUCCUAUGCAACAACAAUUGAAUGAGCUAACUGUUUUUGUGAGGAAACUUGCUAUAGGUAAUGCUCAAGUGAAGCCGUGUGGAAUUUGUGGGAGUGUUGAGCAUCCCACGGAUGCUUGUCCCACACUAAGAGAAGAGGUGGAAGUGAGUGCUGCAGGUUUUGCACCAAGAAGGGCUUAUGAUCCAUAUUCAAACACAUACAAUCCGGGAUGGCGAGACCACCCCAAUUUUCGAUAUGGGAAUCAGAAUCAGCAAUCCUUUGGUCAACAACAACCACCGGGUUUUCAACCACAAGCACAACAGCAGCAACAAAGGACUAUGCACCAAGCUCCCGUUCCUGGUAACUCUUUGCAUGAUAUGGUGAAAACAAUUGCCUCUAAUGUUUUGCAAUUUCAGCAAGAGACGAGAACAAACAUAAAGAACUUGGAAGAUCAGAUGUCUCAAGUCGUGAAAGAGGUGCGUGAGAUGAAAGAAAAGGAAAAAGGCAAGCUGUCAGCUCAAACCCACAUGAACCCGAGCAAUAUUAGUUCAAUGAUCUUGCGGAGUGGUAAGGAACUGAAGGGUUCGAAGGUAAUUUCUGAUCCUCUUAUUCAAUCAAAUGCUAAUGUUGCUCUAUUUCCUCACAGGUUAGCAAAACCGGCUAAAAGCGAUAAAGACAAGAAGAUCAUGAAGAUGUUUAAGAAAGUGGAGCUAAGCAUUCCUUUGCUUGACGCAAUUAAGCAAGUCCCCCGUUAUGCGAAAUUUCUGAAGGAGUUGUGUACCAAGAAGAAGAAGUUGAGAGGAGACGAGAAGGUGCUAGCUGGAGAGACUGUGUCCGCCGUGCUGCAAAGAAAAUUGCCACAAAAAUGCGAAGAUCCAGGUAUGUUUGUCGUCCCGUGCAAAAUAGGUAAGAUGGAAAUUAAAAGAGCUCCGCCCGAUGCGCUCUUCUCUCCGCUCUCUCCUCAGGCCGGUUCGAACCGUUGCGCCUCCGCUAGCCGCCGCAGUCCAGCCGGUUCGUGUAUUACGCCGCCAGUAGCAGCCUCCUCCGCCAAUCCUGCGCACCUCCUCCGCCAAGUCGGCGCGCUGAAGCCGCCUGCCAGUAGCAGCCUUCUCCGCCGCGGGCUGCUCCCGAUCUCAAACUGCUGUUGUUUUGCGCUGCCGCUGACCAUCCGCCGCGAGUCACCGGUGGAGAUUUCAGGGAAGUCAUUUACUCUUGAUCUAUUGCAUUCUCUUGGUUAA